UCAAUCGAAUACCUCAAGAACCAGCCUGCCUUUGCUCUGAAGCGCGUGGGCAAGCAUGGCAACAUAUUCAAGUCCAGCAUAUUCGGUAGGAAAUGCGUUUUCGUCACAGGCGUGGAUGCUCUCAAGAAGAUCAUUAAAUUGGAGUCAAAUGGCACUAUCGCCAUACGACCGGUGACACCAGGAUUGCAGGUGUUUGGCCCCAACAGCAUGCUGUCUCUCAAUGGUACGGAACACGAUCGCCUGAGAAGGCUACUCUACUCGGCGUUCUCCAGAGACACCUUGAUGUCCUGCCUUCCAUUUAUCCUGGACACCGCCAAGGAGGCCUGCGCCAAAUUCGAGGGCAGGGGAUACUUCCCAAUGCAUAAAGAGUUUAAACGUUUCGCCUUGAGGGUCACCGCGAGCGCGGUCCUCGGGAUGGAGUCACAGAGAUCAUGGGACGAGGUCCUUGAACUCCUUAUCACCAUGGGAUUGGGGAUUUAUUCCCUAACGGACAUCAGAUUGCCAUUCACGGAUUUCGGAAAAGCAAUGGACAGCCGGGAGGAGCUUCUUGACAUCAUUGCAGAUUCCAUACGUGAAAUGGAGGCUGGGAGCCCUGAAGACGGGGCGGGCGUCAGAGUCAUGCGCCAAAUCCUGGAUGCGAGAGACGAGGAUGGCAAUGGGCUUGAAAUGCCGGUCAUCCUGGACAAUUUGAUUCUCAUCCUGUGGGCUG